AUGGAGGCAGCGACCAAGGGCUUCACACUGGAGUCUAAGAUCGGAUCGGGCAGCUUUGGCACUGUGUACCGUGGUUAUCUUCCCGACGGGCGCGAGGUGGCCAUCAAGCGUGAGGAGUCAGGACCGCGCGAUGACCUACGUUUCGCGCUGUUGUCGCUCACGGAGUGGCAAGCGCGGACCCGGGAGCACCAGACCGUCGCUGGAACGGUUGGGUACAUGGACCCCGAGUACUACAGCCUACACCACCUCACCGUGAAGAGCGACGUGUACAACUUCGGCGUGGUGAUGCUGGAGGUGUUGACAGGGAAGCAUACCAUCUCGGAGGAGUUUAUCAGCGCGAGCCCCUUGAGCGUGGUGGACUACGCCAUUCCCAGCAUCGUCUGA